GGUCAAUUUUCUGUCUUCCUGUACGCGUAUCGCAGAUCAAGAGCGUUGGCCAGACGAUAGAUUUCAGAAUGGCCUGGCUUGAAGGCGAGCUACCACCUCUGGCUGCAUCUCUUCUACUGUACGUCAUCGCCUUCAGUGUCUGCUUUUUCCUGUAUACCGUCACGAAGCUCGUGACCCCCAAGACCCUGCAGCCAUACAUGGCGGACUUCUUCAAAACUCUCGUCAUCUGCACGUAUCCGUACGGUCACGGGCUCAUCCGAGAGACGUAUGGACAUGUGGGUUACUGCCUGGCAGCCGUCCCCCUGGUCGUAUUUACUCUGAAUGUGUUCAGUAAGGGACUGUCCUCGCCUCUUGCCAUCUUCCUCGAGUUCCUCGACAAAAAGCACACCUCCUUAGACAUGGUGAUUCAUAUAGCUGUCCAGAUUGUCGCGGGUUUCGCCUCGUUUCGUCUCGUGCGGUUUGUCUGGUACCUAGAGAUGCACUCUUCCCAUGUGCUGAAGCUCAACGAGAUUGACUGCGUCACCGACCUCACGGUUCCUGUGACCGUCGGGUUUCUUAUCGAAAUGGCUGGAGUCGGUAUUGACACUCUCAUUUCAUGUAUGACUCUGUUUAGAAAUGAACUGGUUGACCUGACGGUGAAGGUCUUCAUUGGAGCUAUACUUGUAUGUUGCGGAGUUCAUAUGACCGGCAUGUACAUGCACCCUGUGAUGGCGUCUGGGCUGACGUUCGGUUGCCGUGGAACCUCGGCCUGGGAGCACGUCCUCGUCUACUGGGCCAGCGGUUUCAUUGGCUGCUAUGUGGCCUUUGUUCUGCACAGGACCCUAACUUCAUUGGGCAAGACAAAGAAACUCAAGACGGACACGGCAAACAACGAAUCCAGGAAGAUGGAGCAGAAUGCUAAUUACAUGGAUUACCCACAGAGAGCUGACAUCAGGCUGAGAAAGCCUUAAGCAAGACUUUAGUCAUCAACAUUAAAGUCAAACUUGAGUCGUCAACAGUUAAGCCAAACUUGAGUCAUCAAUAGUUAAGCCACACUUAAGUCAUCAACACUUAAGCCAGACUUAAGUCAUCAACACUUAAGCCAGACUUAAGUCAUCAACACUUAAGCCAGACUUAAGUAAUCAACAUGUAAGCCAGACUUAAAUUGUCAACACUUAAGCCAGACUUUAAGUCGUCAUUCACCAUAAAUCAGGGCUUAAUUUAUAGCAGAGCUCAUCCUGUUUACAAUGCCAAAUUAGCCAGUUGCUAAUUUGUAUACACAGUGGCUACAACAUACAUUUAGUCUUUGGCUCGAUCAUAAAAUGUUUAUUAAAUUGUAUCCACAUUUUCAUAAUUUUCAAGGAAAUAUUGUACAUAUCUGAAAAUUGGCUAACCCAAAAAUUUAUUCCAUUACGUGUGAGCCCCACUUUAGGUUGUACCAAAUCUAGCUGAGGCGAUAAAUGGUGUUCUCAAAAUAAGUAUGCCCAAAAAUAAGCCCAAAUUAAGUACAAACAUGCUAACCUCAAAACAUUUACCCUCAAAAUCAAUGGAAUGUUAAGCUGUAUUAGAUUUAAAAUAAGUUGAAACGUAUUUCUGAUUAUGUACAAUGUACACACGUACUCUUUACCAGCUGUUAUUAACACUGCUGCACUAAAAAGACCUUGGUGUGCUCACAACAGAGAAAAAAGCAUGUACGUUGUUCCAAAUAAGUCAGAUCUAAAGUCCUGCGAAUUACAGCUGAAUUUGGCGAAUUUAUUUCAUUAUGAUAAUUUGUCACAAAGCGUAUAUUUGAAAACUGCAUGUCCUUUGUGGAUCAACCGCCAUCUUGAGUGUCGAGCUAAAUUGAAACAUGACUUUGGUUGAAGAUUGUUCCAAAAAAUUCGCCACCUUACUGAUACUUUUGUGGGUCCAGCUUAAUUACAUGCAAUCCUUGACUACAAGUGUAUCAGGUAUCUGAAAAUAGAAAUGUUUAAUGUAAAUGAUUUAUAGGUUAUGCAUGUUUUUUCUUCAGGUAUUCCAUUUCGGGUUUUUAAAAAAACUUAAUCAUUAAUCAUGCUUUUUUCAGAGUCCUAUUUAAACCACCUGUCUCUUAGGGGAACAUAUUUUGUUUAAAGGGCACCUGUCUGUUAAACGGCAAAUGAUUUUAAUAUCAUGGGCAUCUGUUUUUAAUGGUGCAUGUUUAGGAAGCCAAAUGUUUACUUUAUACGCUAAAAAGUUCACCACAUUUUUAAUUAAUUUACCAGUUGGUGUUUUGUGUGAAAUUAAAGUUGCAUAACAGUUCCUACAGAAUCGCUAAAAAUGGGACGAAACCAGUCAAAUUGUUUGUGAGCGCUUGCUGUUCUGAAUAUUCCGUGAUAUUUAAGAUAUCACAAUUGUGCCUUAUCUUGAUACAUGUAUGUGACUUGCAUAUAGAGAGGCCAGAAGCUUUUUGAUGGUCUCUGUUGUGGUUUUAUCAUGUGUGUUUUGAUCAGAUAUGUCAUUUAUACAAAUCUAUUUGAACUUUAAUACAAAGACUGCAUACCCCAACAGACCAUUUCUUAUACAGUUAAAUACUACAUGUAGCUAUUAUCUCUCUGUCUCUCUCUCUCUGUCUCUGUCUCUGUGACCGGCCUCGGUGGCAUCAUGGAUAGGCCAUCGGUCUACAGGCUGGUAGGUACUGGGUUCGGAUCCCA